AUGUCUUUGAGUCGCAUAGCAUCUCGCAAGUGUCAGUGUAUGUAGUUAAGUCUGUUAGGAGACAAAUUUGGAAAGUUGUGUUGUUAUUGAAUAGUAUUACAAACAUGCGUAAAAUUUUGGGUUCUUUUAUUUAAGUGUAUUUCAUAAUUAUUGAAAAACCAUAUUCUGAUCUUAAAGCUCAUAAAUAUGGCGAAUUCACCAAUGGGUAGUGGAAGUGCAAAUAAUUUUAGCUUUAAGGUGGUACUUCUAGGAGAGGGUUGUGUUGGAAAAACUUCCGUUGUUUUAAGAUAUGUGGAAGAUAAAUUUAAUGAUAGACACAUAACUACACUUCAGGCUUCUUUUUUAAAUAAAAAGUUGAAUAUCUUGGGCAAGAGAGUGAAUUUGGCAAUAUGGGACACUGCAGGCCAGGAGAGGUUUCAUGCAUUAGGACCAAUUUAUUAUCGUAUGUCAAAUGGUGCUAUAUUAGUAUAUGACAUCACUGAUGAGGAUUCUUUCCAGAAGGUGAAAAAUUGGGUAAAAGAAUUGAAAAAGAUGCUUGGAAGUGAUAUUUGUUUAGUUAUAGCAGGUAAUAAAAUUGACUUGGAGAAGCAGAGAACUGUUCCAGUUGAAGAUGCUGAGGA